UUCAGUACAAUAUGUUACAUCAGGAUGUAGAGAUGUGGGAACCUUAAGCCAUUUCAGUCAUGGCUACAAGAGAGACUGCAUUCUCUCUUGAGAUUAUAGUCUCUGCUGUUCUUACUCAUGAGGAUGGUACAACAGAGGAUGUUGAUGACAUCAAGACUCUACAAAAACAGUUCAAAGACUAUCAAGUUGUGCAGAAGUUCCUUUGCAAUGAAACCUACUUCCAUCUGCAAGGAGUAUGUACAACUAAAGAUGAACUUCUGCUCAAGUGUUAUGUUUUAUCGGACAGUGAACUCACUGAUCUGGAAGAAGCUAUUGCAAGUGAUCACUUGGGACAGGAACUGACUAAGUAUGUUAUUUCUGUUGGACUUGAAACUGAACUAGGUUUACCACAUGACAGUGGUAAUACACUCAGUUUGGAGUUGGAGUUGAGAAAGCAGUAUAUCCGACAUGGAAGGGCAUAUUUUAAGAAGAUUUCCAAACCUUCAAAAAAGGAUGGAAAGACUUCAUCAUCAAAGAAAAAGGGAGGGAAAAGUGAUGAUCGUGACCAACCAUUGGACGAUGCCUCACCAUCAAUACCUUCAGAAAAGGAUGGAAAGACUUCAUCAUCAAAGAAAAAGGGAGGGAAAAGUGAUGAUCGUGACCAACCAUUGGACGAUGCUUCACCAUCAAUAUCUAAACAAGAUGAAAAAAAUCCUAUUUCAAAGAAGGAGAGAGGGAAAGGGAAUGAACCAAAUGCAUCCAAGAGUGGUACUUUACCUUUGGUGGGUGACAAAAAUGGAAAGGAAAGGAAGGAUACAAAUGAUAGCAAUGGGGCAGGUGAAGGAAAGUGUUUACCAGCAGAUGUGGACACUACGACACCAGAUGAUGGUGGGAGUAAGACAGUUGCUACAACAGAAACAGUCACCUCUGUAUCUGACAAGACCAGUACAGAAGCAACAGGGCCAGAUCUUGAGUCACAGUCUGGUUCAGUUGAUAAGGAAAAUCAAAAUACACAAACAGCUAAAAGCCUUGCAAGGUCCGAUGAGACAGGGAAAAGGAAGGAUCAGUCUCAGUCUGAAUUUAGUCAUGAUGAGCACUUGUCUGGGAGCAAUACGAAGAGAAAAAAGGUUGAGGAUGGAAGUACAGCUUUAAAGCCUGAAGAUACUGGCCAAAGAGCAACUCCUGAGUCAAUCACAAAAGGUGUCAAAGAACCAGUGCUUCUCAAGAAAGAAGUACUUCUCUACAUUCCUGCCAGUGAAAUGAAAAAGAAACAUAUGAAAAAUGUGUUUGCUGAGUUUACAUCAAAAGUUGGGGGUGAUUAUGGUUGGGUAAAAAUGAGAUCUUUGGAUGAAAAUAUGUGGACCAGUGGGAAGGUAGACUUUCAUCCAAAUGUUGAUGAAUAUUUGUGUGGAAUCACAAUACAUCAUUGCAAUACAUGGCUAUCAGUAACUAAGAAGAAUAUGUAUAAAUGGCGUGCAAUGGGAACAAAUAGCAUAUUCCGUUGCAUUGAAGGCCUAUGUGACUAUGAAGAAGGUUUCUGUGGUCAUGUUAGUCACAUUUUAAUGAAUAUCUCAGCAUAUGGAUAUAAAGAUGCUCUCAUGCAAAUUGAAGACCUUACAAGGAAUAUAUUUAAGGACCACAGAGAUAUUGAAUCAAUCUUCAGGUUGAUGAAAAAAUGUUUUGAACAUGGAAUACACAGCAUGUCACCGGAUAGCUUGAGUGCCCUCGGGUAUGUUUAUAGUAAACUCUCUAUGAAUCAAGAUUACAUCAAGCAUUCACAAUGGGCUACACCAACCAUCUGUCAGUCAAUUUUGAAAGGUUUCAAGGCAAUAUCUGUGAAGGACAUACCAAGCACAAUGAUGUCAGCUUUCAGGAGGAUUGCAGAAAGUUUGUGUCAAGUUGCAUUCCCUAAAAGUCCAUGCCACUUCUUCACUGUACUGGAAUACUGCUUUCAUCUGUUUUCAUCUGAAUAUUUCUCCAAGCUGUUGCAGAAAUCUAUUUCAACAAAUACGUUCAAGGUACAUGACAUUGAACACGUGAGAUCGGUUCUCAGAGGAACAUACAGUCUUGUGAGCACAGAUGAUGAACCCUCAUAUUGCCAGUUCCUUGAGAGAUUGCUACAGCACUUCCCGUUGGAAUUUGCCCUGGCAGAAGAAGAAAAUGUAAGCUUUUUGAAAACAGAUACCCAGACUAUCAUUCAUAUGAAAGUGGAGAAUGAAUGCUCUUCUCUAAUGAAGACAAGGAACAUUGUGCAGAUGGUUAAGCUCCAUGAAGUGCUUUCCAAAUGGGAAAAAGUUAAAGGAGAUAUUGCCAGAUGUAUGGAACAGAAAGUGAUUUGGUAUGUGUGAAAACACCCACAAGAUUCAUGAUUUUGACUGCCACAAAGUACAGACACUUUUGCUUGCUGACAAUCUCUUUGUUGAACCUUCCUCUCGUGUUGAAGUGAUGAAAUUACUGGCACUGUCAGACAACAAAAUGUUGCACUCCUUGUUCAAAGAGAUGUUGAAACAUG